GACGCAUAUCUAGAAAUGUUGUGUGAAACUUUUUUAGUUCUUAGUGUGGAGUUAACAGACGAACAACGAUAAAAAUGAGCGGUGCGAUGGCAGGCGGAUUAGGUCGUGAGAAGAAGGCCGAUAAGGAAAUUCAGGCUGCCUGUGAUGAGCUGAAGAAGGAAAUCUUAGAGAAGGCAGGAAAAGCUGGGGCAGAAAUGUUCAAGGCUCUGAAGUAUAAAUCUCAGGUGGUUGCAGGAACAAAUUAUUUUGUCAAGAUUCAAGUUCAUCCAGGUGGUGAAUGUGUUCAUGCUAGAAUUUUCAGCCCACUGCCUUCAAAAGGUGGAAAGACAAAAUAUGAAUUGCAUGGAGUGCAGACAGGCAAAAAGAUCGAUCACCCUGUGGAAUAUUUCUAAAUAAGACAUCAGUUGUCUUCAUUCAAUGCAUUAGCACCUGUUCAAGUCAAUGUGUGCCUCACUUGUUGUCAACCAGACACUUAUUGCCUUCGAUUAAAUAUUGACAUACAAGUUAUAUGAAAUCUUUAUGAUAUAAUAAACAUGUUUACAUGUGUACAUGUAAUGUUGUUGCUCAAAUUUGUGGCAAUUGUUUAAGUUGCAAAAUUGUUCAUUUAAAUGUUUAUUUUAUAAAACAAACAUACUGGUAAUUUGAAAUGUAAUAAAAAUAAUGUAGUUAACAGCAGAUCAUAACAUGGAACAACUGUUAAAUGGUACUAGUUUACCUUAUAUUUGUGGGACAACAUAAUUGUGAACCAGUUAAUAUGCAAGUUCUAAAGAUGUUUGUGUACAAACAGGAAUAAGUGUGUGAUUAACUCAAACAGUUAUAAUUAUGUAAUUGCAUUAUUUGUAUUUUGUGAGUGAUAAAGCUUACUCAGUAUCAAUCAAAUGCUAAUUCCUGUCUGCUAUAUUCAAUACAUACGCCUAUAUGCACACACAGUGUUUCAUAUUUCAAUAAAAACGUAACAGACGCUGAAAUAACAGUUGCGUUUGCAGUUAUUUACUUUGUAAAUAACACGAAGUUGUUAUAUGUUUAUGUCUACAAUUAGAUGAGCAAAUGUUACCAUUUUUGCAACUUUUAAAAUGU